GUCAACCCAUGAUAAUUUGAAAAGAUAGUUGUCCAUCAUAGUUUAUGCAUCAGCGUGUAAACGGGACUUUUAUUUUGGUCUGGUGUUGUGACGUCAUAAACCUGUGCUCCUGCAUCUGUUGUGAUUCGCCUGAGGAAAUAUGAGAGGGAAGUACUGAAUGAAAUUGAGGAGAAAGAUCAGUAUGAGAAUCUUCAUGACGUAAUAACUGGAGAAAAAUAUUUUUGUUCCUUACAGUCUGAAAAGACCACACAAAAAAGAGCUCAAAAGACAGGAACUAGGAAUUAUUUUGCUUGCUUUCAGUGUGGAAAGACUUUCAGUCAACAAGGAAAACUUAAUAGGCACAUGAAAAUUCACAAUAGAGAGAAGCCUAACAGAUCCGCUCAGUGUGAAGAGAGUUUCAAUCAUAAUGGAAACCUUGAUGUCCACAGCCUUUUUACCUGCCAACAGUGUGGAAACAGUUUCACUCAUAAAGGAAGCCUUAACAAGCACAUGAGAGUUCACAGUGGAGAUGAGCCUUACACAUGUAAUCAGUGUGGAAAGAAUUUCAGUUUUCAUGGAAACCUUAAAGUCCACAUGAGAAUUCACACUGGAGAGAAGCCUUACAUCUGCAAACAGUGUGGAAAGAGUUUCAGUCAACAUGUAAAUCUUGAAUCUCACAUGAGAAUUCACACUGGAGAGAAGCCUUUUACCUGCAAACAGUGUGGAAAGAGUUUCCGUCAACCUGGAAAUCUUGUUCACCAUAAUAGAAUUCACACUGGAGAGAAGCCUUUCACCUGCAAACACUGUGGAAAAAGUUUCAGUCAACUUGGAACUCUUAAUUACCAUAUGAAAGUUCACACUGAAAAGAAACCCUUCACCUGCCAUAACGUCCACAGGCGAAUUCACACUAUGGAGAAAUUUUUUACCUGCCAACAGUGUGGAAACAGUUUUACUCAUAAAGGAAGUCUUAACAGGCACAUAAGAACUCACACAAAGGAGAAGCCUUACAUAUGCCCUCAGUGUGGAAAGAGUUUCAGUCAAAAAAGAUACCUUGAAGUUCAUAUGAGAAUUCACCCUAAAGAGAAGUUUUAACCAAAAAGGUAACCUUAGGUAUCACAUAAAGAUUUUCUCAAGAGGGACCUGUUUCAAUGUCACCAGUGUGGAAUGGGUUUUACAGACAAGAAAAGCUCAAGAAAAUAAAUCAUUCCGGAACAUUGGAAAGAAAGCUCUAUUAUGCCAUACCCCUCUUCCAUGAAGCUGCAUUGUGCAACAUUGAGAUUGUCACCUAACUGUAUUCAAUCAACACUGAACUGAUUCUAAUAGAAUAACUACAUUAUUGUUUUGUAGAACUGUUUACAGCUAAACUAAUGUCUAAAUAAUCUUCACAGUAGUGGCA